GCGGCUGGGCGAGGCGGAACACUUGCGCCAGAAUGUAGGCAAGCUCCAGCGCGCUCCUCCUUCACUUCCCCCUCCCAACGAUGUCGCACAACUCAGGUUUCCAGUUCGGCGAGGAGUGUCAGUGUUGCGGCGAGAAAUUUCUUUCAAAUGAAGAGUUGCUUGAUCACAUUGAUUAUUUCCAAGUUAGUGCCCGCAAACCACCUCGAUCAACUGCUAAUUCGCCUAGGAUCUCGCAGCUUAUCAUCAAGCGGCUGCGGACCGUGCGCGGUUGCACAUUCUUUCGCGUCGCAGGAAUGACAACGAAGCCGGAGAACGCUUACAUUACGACGCCAAUGUCGAUGGCGAUGACGAGAUCAGUGCCAAUUGCGAUGACGACCGCGAUGACGACCGCGAUGGCAGCGGUAAUAGCGCGAACGAUGUCGAUAACAGCAACCGCGAUGGUGACGACGGGGCCAGUAAGAAAGCAAGCAACAUGAAGAAACUGCAAUGUCAUGAAUGCACGGCCAAACCAACGACACGACAGAAUGCGCAACGGCAUUUCCAACAACGUAUGUGUCCUGAUCCGUCAUACCACGCAGCUAAGCCUGGCAGACGUAAAAGUCAACGUCAUAUGCCCCCAUUGUAUGGAGCCCUUUGGUUGGGCAAACCGAUACCUUUCGCACAAGUGUAUCCGGGCAAUGAAAGACCCGACGGAUGAUUUCCAAGCCAGCAGGAUUGUACGCAAGGUCAGACGAAGGUGGGAAAGAUCGCAGCUAAGGAGAUCGGGGGCAUCCACAAUUGAGAAUGACUCAACACAUCGGAAGCGAAAACGCGUCAGGCCGACCAUCGGUGAAAAGGAAAGCGAAAGCGGGAACAAUCGGAAAUUCGGGGUCAGCGAUCAGUGGCCCGACGGCAUAUUGGAGUAUGAGAGAGGGGUUGAUUAUCGUCAAAGCGUCAACGCCAUGCCGUCUGUCAGCAAUAAUCCUGACGACGACGGGAUGUGGUUCAGAGGAAAUAUGUUUCGCAGGCCUCAUAUCGAGUCCUCCGCAGCCUGGGUCAGCGGCAGCGCCGGGGCAAUUUCGGAGGCGUUAAGUCAUCAGCAGCAGGAGCCUUACAUUCAGUAUGUGAGUAGCACCUUGGCGAUUCCUGGAAACGGAGAGACGAUGUCUGAGAACACGUCCCAUGAUUGGGAACAUCCUACCCGGCUUCCGACUGGCACUGUACCGUCUCAUGAAAACGCUGCUAGAAUCUCCGAACCACCUUUCGGUCGCUGGGCGGAUUCCGGGCAGUACCUGGGCAGUGGUGCUGCUAUGCCUGGCAACGGGGACAUGGCAGGCGAGGUGCCAUCGUUGGGACUCUGCGAGACGAUACCUAGGCAACAGUGUCAUAGGGAGCGAGAACGUGGGUCAUGGCUGUAUGGACAGCAUCAAGGCUAGAAACGAUGGUGAGCUCACUUGAACGCAUGAACCAGGUGACUCGGCCAGGUU